AUGCAGGACCAGAACCAGCACCAGAACCAGCCUGGGGUUCCGUUGGCAUCGCCGGGAGAGCAAUCUCAAGGCCAGGGGACACCACCAUCGCCGUUAUUGCCAACACCAUCAUUGCCAACAACACCUGGAAUUGCAGGAGCUCCAGCUCGUCCAAGAUCCCGGGGGGAGGAAUCUCUGCCUUCGAACAGUAGCGAUCCGACAGCCCAUGUCAGUGCCAGUACGCCUGCCAAUACGCCUGCUGCCAUUGCCAAUCACAAUCCCUAUUUUGACCCUAAUCGCACUUUCCAACCCUCCAUCCGCAUACGUAGACUUCCCUCUCUGGGCGCCAUCACCCAAAGCAAUACCCAGGCCAAUGCCCAGAUCGGCAGUGGUCCACCGAGUACACAUGUCUCCCAAGGAUUUUCUGGCUUGCGAAGGAAUCGCAGUAGCUCGGCGCCCCAGAGACCACCGGUGACAGUGGGUGCUGCCUCGACUCCUGGGUUGAGGGAGCAGAGAUCUUUUAUUCCGGAUAUUGAGGAAGAAGCAGUUUCUCCCACCACAGGAAAUGUGCAGGAAUCAGUUCCAAUAGAGGGCGUGGUUCUGAAUUCUCCAGUGGCUUCCAAUGCUUCUCCUCCGAGAGUGGGUAGAAGGCUACGACGUGUGAGGACGGCUCCGUUUGAUGAUAGCAAUGAUUAUGAUGAUAAUCUGGUGGACAUGCUGGAUGUUGUUGGUGUGUACUGAACGAUAGAUAACACGGAUGAUGGAAAUCUUGCUAAUUGAUCCUAGAUCCCGAAGUAUCAACCUUAUCUACCCUCACGAAUCUACAAAACUCUAUUUUCGUGCCCAAUCUAGGGAGAUAUCUUAAUCGAAGAGCCACAUAUAAUCUCACGCGACUUCCAUCUGAAGCCCCACAGAGUGAUGCUGCAGCGAGAAGAGAGGAUCAAGCCGCGGACGAGGAGAAGAAGAAAACCCGGCCGAAUUUGGAAGGCCAAAGAACUACCACGGGAGCCACGUUAAAUACACUAAAUUCUAACGUCAACGAAGCAUAUUAUGCUGUACUCCCGCAUGGAGUGCGGUUAUCCGGCUGGACGGAAGAAGAAAAAAUGGAGAUGAAUGACCAUGUUCGACACAUGCUUCACUCCAGGAGAUCAAAGUUCAAAAGAAGUAUGAAGGGAUUUGGUCAAUAUGUUUCUAGGCGUGAGUAAGAUGGUAUCUAUAUAUGAAGCACUACUAAUAUGAAUAGCUCUUGGCUUUUUCGUCACACUUUACGCUUUUUUAAUUACAGUAUUUGGAUUUGCAUGGGUUCUCUUCUUGAUCGGUUAGUUUUUUCGAUCAAACGCCAUCAAACAUAACUAACGGAUUUAUUCCACAGGCUGGGCCAAUGUUGGUGACAAGAAAGAUUACAUAGUUAAUAUUAUCGACAAUAUCAUGGUAGCUUUAUUUGCCAUCAUGGGUGACGGACUUGCACCAUUUCGAGCAGUCGACACCUAUCACAUGUGUUUCAUUGCGCACUACCACCACCUGACCUGGCGCCUACGCAAAGAAAAAGCACUUCCCAAACUAGAAGAUCACAACGAUCUCCCAGCCGUGCAACCCGAGGAAAUAGAAGAACACCAACAACUCGAAGAAGAACCCGAAUACAGCGUUCUCACCCCCCAACAACAAAAAAAGCUCGCACACCAUCAAAAGAAAUUCUCCAACUCGCAUUCCUUCUACAAACCCCACGAAACGAUGACACACCACGCCUUUCCCCUACGUCUCCUCGUCGCCAUCGUAUGUCUACUUGACUGUCAUUCUUUCCUCCAAAUCGCACUGGGAACUUGUACAUGGGCGAUUAGUUACAAAACGCGCCCGUUCGCUCUGACGACUGUGAUUCUUUGUGUGUCGAUUACGGUGAAUAUCACAGCCGGGGUGCUGAUUUCCAUCGGUGACCAUCGGACGAGGAAGAAGGAUGUUUUCGAGAAGAUGUUCAGACAGGAGUUGACUGAGGAGGCGAUUAAGAAGGUGGAGAAGCAUAAGGAGAAGCGGAUUAAUAGUGCGCGUGGGAGUGGCAUGCUAGAGGGGGAUUUGGUCAUGACUACGUCCAGUGAUGUGCAUAAUGAUGUUAUUACUGAGGAUGUUAUUAGGUGA